AUGGCCCAGAGCCUCCAGGACGACGUGAGCUGCCCCAUCUGCUCGGAUUAUUUCCACAACCCCGUGUCCAUAGCGUGCGGACACAACUUCUGCCAAACGUGCAUCGACGGUGUGUCCCUUUUGCCCUUCCGUUGCCCCGAGUGCAGGAAGAUCUCCCAGAACGGAAUCCUCCGGCCGAAUAGGCACCUGGCCAAGCUGGCAGUGAUCGUCAAACAGCACAGUGCCCUUCUGGAGGAGAGCCUGAACACCAAGAUCUGGGUUCAGAGAUUCAGAGAAAACAUAACUCUAGAUGCAGCCACGCCGCAUCCCUUCCCCGGGACGGAGGACGAGAAAAGCGGGAGCUGUGGGGACCACCGGCAGGAUCUCCCCGGCAACCGGAAGGCCUGGUUGGUGGGUUCCCGCUGCUUCAGCUCCGGCCGACAUUACUGGGAGGUGGACGUGAAGGAUCAAACAGAGUGGGACGUCGGAGUGUGCGAGGAGUCUGCCGACAGGAAGGGGCAGACAGCCCUGUGCCCGGAGAACGGAUACUGGGCUGUGAGCUUGAGGAAUGGGCACCAUUUCCAGGCUGGCACGUCUCCCAGGACCCGCCUCCCGUGGGAAAAUCCUCUCCAGGGGGUGGGAAUUUUUCUGGAUGUGGAGGCUGGAGUGGUCUCAUUUUUAAAUGCCGUCGAUGGGUCCGACCUGUACAAUUUCACAGACAUCUUCUUCUCCGCAGCUCUCCUACCGUUCUUCUGCCCCGAGCAGUGA